GGCAGACCGCUUUCACUCCACCCCCAGUGCAGAUGAUAUAAAGAUGCAGUGAUCAGCCAUGAACUGCAUCACAUCAUUCACUUCUGACUGCUGUGGAUCAUUCAAAGCUAAUAAUGAGCAGGAACUACUUGUCCAGAAAUGACGAGCUCCGCAAGGGAGACUUCCUUAUUUCCAACAACAGGGAGUGGAAGGCAGUUUUCCAGGAUGAUGGCAACUUUGUCAUCUACGGCUGGAAGCCUGUGUGGACUUCAGAUAGUAAUGGAUCAGAUGCUGUUCGCCUGUGCAUGCAGGAGGACUGCAACCUGGUCAUGUACAGUAAGUGCGACCAGCCGAGGUGGCACACUAACUCCUCCAAACCUUCCUGCAACAUGUGUCGCCUUCAGCUGACUGAUGACGGCAAGCUGGUGGUGUACAGAGAAUGUGAAGAAAUCUGGAGCUCUGAGGAGUCCAGAGGCAUGAAGUGAUGGCUGAACAUGACUUUUGAGCUUCUGAGUGCUUUGCAAUUUAAAGUCGUCUAUGAGUUAACUCUGCCUGCGAUGUAAUGUGGACACAAUAAAAGGCACCUUUUCAAAUUGCA